GUCGGUCGUUGCGAUGCCAAACGACCACGCACCUUCAGUUUCUCAAUGGCACCGUCCACCAGAUCAGGCGCUACGUCCACUGUCGCCGCCACUGCUUCAUCCAACCACGGCAGUGGUGGCGUGCCAGAUGUACUCUCGGAUCGCGAGAAGGAACACUUUACAAAUGUCGCGAGACACAUGACCCAAGCCCUGCUUGCCGCGACCAACUUUUCGCAAGCCAUGCCGUGGAAACUUGUGUACGACAAGCCAUUCUCCAUCUACCGCACGGAGCUAUGUGGUCUCGGUCCAUGCAACGUGCACGCCGUGACUAAGCUCGUUGCGCACAUCGACGAGGUCACCAACGCGCUCAUUACGACCACCACCGACUCAUACAAGUCAAUGAUGGCCACGUUAAGCUCCGACUUUGUCGACGGCGCCGUCCUCGCUAACAUCUUGACCCCAACAGCUGAGAAUCCAUUUCGAUACGUUGGUCUAAAGUGGGCUGCGUUCAAGGGGUCCGUCAUGUCCAAGGACAAGGACUACAUCCUGCUCGAGUACGUCGACUUGAUCGAAGACGCCCACGGCAAAAAGACUGCAUUCCGCAUCAUGCAGUCCGUGGACGUCCCGAACUCGGUGGAACUGUCGCUCGUGUCCGGUCGAUACACAAGGGAACACGUCCAGCUCGUUGGGUUCAUCUACCACACCACUGCAAAGAAGGGUGAAUUGCGCAUGACGUACACAUGCAACAUGGACACCAAGGGCGACAUGCCGAUCUGGGCCGCCAACAGCGCCAUCCAAUCCCACGUCGACAAAUGCAUCACGAGAACCCUCAAGUACAUUGAAGUGCAGCGAGUGUUGCAAUACGAAGGUGAGAGCUUCGACCUGCCCCAGCGCGUGAUCCCCAUGUCUGGGAGCACCGACUACUGCCACGUGUGCGAGAAGAAGUUCAAGUCGUACUUUCGACACCGGCACUCGUGCCUCAAAUGCGCCAAGUACGUGUGCAAGAACUGCUGCUCGUUCAAGACCGCGUCCGUCCCCGAGCUCGGCGAGCGUCAGUUGAGGGUGUGCACCGUGUGCGUCGUGCAAGUCCGCCAGGCGCGCCGCGGGUCGGCCGACCUCCAUAGAAAGGAGUCCCUGGACCGCCUGCUGCCGACGUGCCUUGACGCACGUCAGAAGCGGCACGCGCUUGACGAAGUCCUCGGCUCUGUCCGCCACAUGAUUGUGACCGACUACAAGUUGUUUUCGUCGCACCAGGCACCUUCCCAUAUGGGAAAGAAUGGCACAACUUCCCAUGGGAAUUGUGGGAAUAAUCCUGUAACUGCCAGCACCAAUGCAGCGAUAAUGCGUCGCCGCGUAACCGUCGGUCCUCAACAGCUCACCCCGGCACUGGAGAUGUUCAAGGAAGGUCUACCUACCUUGGUGCACCAGCAGCAACAGCAACAUGCGUCCUCGGUAUAUGGAGCAGCAGCGGCCAGGGUGCAACGGAAGCAGCCAUCGCCGGACAAGCGGCGGUCUACGGUCGGUCCAUGCGACCUCAAGUCGUCCCUUGCAGCGUUCCAUCACCAUGUAGAGGUCACGGGCAAGGCUGCCGCCCCUGCAAGCCAUCGCGAAGACGAGGAAACAUCCGAUGAUGGGUCCAUGUAUAUCGUCUCGUCGGACUCGGAGGGCGACGACGACUCUGACGACGAACAGGAGGUCGAUGACUCGGAUGAGGUUGCGAUGCCGCGAAGAAGAAUCGCGCUGACUGAGUCGGCAUUGCGGGAACUCAACAUGCACCAGAAACGCUCGAAAGAGUUGGAGAAGCAGACGGAAGCCAACCAUAAACUCGCGAAUUCAAUCGCCAGGCAAUACUCGGACAGCCAACACACGAGUGCCGCGAGCCACUCGCGCAAAAGCUCGUUGAACGACCUCAUGCCAACUACUACAUCGUCCUCGUCAUCCAUGCGGAAAGCAUCCGCCGGCACCAUCGUCCUCUAUGACAUGGACGAAAUCCGGGACAUGGAGAAACUGCGCGCGUUUCAGCAAACCAACGGCGCCAAGCGACGCAGCUCCAGCUCCGAAGUGCUGGCAAAGUCGUCGCAUCCCCCCAGUACAUUUAUGUUCUAAUACAUCCCAAUCAUCGUUGCA